GCAUGAGAUUUAAUGCUAAUUCAUAAUAUGUUAUUAGAGCAGAGGAAUGGUUUAAAAGAAUUUAUUUUUAUCCUUUCUCUGUGUGAAUAAUAUUAUUGGAGAACAUAAAAUACGUUAUUUGAGUUCUGCUAUUGGAGGAAUCGCGACUGAGUUACCAGCAGAAAGCUGAUUUUAGACAGGUCAAUAAUAAAUGGAAUAAACCUUUAUUAUUCGACUUUUCAAAGUUAUAAAGGGACGUGAGCCCCGUCUUUCUAUCCUUUCUUCUAGAAACUUGAACAUUUUCUAAUCAAGUUUCCAUCCGUAAUUUUAUUUAAUUAUGUUGAAAAUUUGCAAUUUAUGAUGGGAUUAAGGAAUAUAACGAACGUGUCUUUCUCUACUUUUAAACUUUCUACUCUUGGGAAGAAGUUUACUCAAUCUUAUCGAUCUUUACAAACUGUGAUAAAUAAUGAUCGCGGGAAGUUCGACGUUAUUGUUAUUGGUGGAGGUCAUGCUGGAACAGAAGCUUGUGCAGCUGCGGCGCGAAUGGGAGCAAAAACAUUGCUUGUCACGCAUAAGAAGAGCACAAUUGGAGAGAUGUCCUGCAAUCCGUCCUUCGGUGGAAUUGGAAAAGGGCAUCUGAUGAGAGAAGUAGAUGCACUAGAUGGGGUUUGUUGCAGAAUAUGCGAUUUAUCAGGAAUAUAUUACAAAGUUCUAAAUCGCAGUAAAGGACCAGCUGUUUGGGGCUUAAGGGCUCAGAUUGAUCGAAAGUUGUAUAAAGAAAACCUGCAGGCUGAGAUAUUCAAAACGCCGGGCUUAGAAAUUUGCGAAUCUUCCGUUGAAGACCUGAUAUUACUGGAGGAAUCCAAAUGUUGUGGAAUAAUUUUAAAGGAUGGUACAAAGAUAUUCAGUGAUGCAGUUGUGAUAACGACAGGAACGUUUCUUAAAGGCCAAAUUAAUAUCGGUUUGGAAACGAGGCCCGCUGGAAGAAUGGGUGAUGAGCCCAGUAUUGCUUUGGCAGAUACUUUAGAAAGAUUAGGGUUUCGAAUGGGAAGAUUGAAAACUGGAACUCCACCCAGGAUUGAGAAGUCAACGAUAGACUUCUCGAAAUGCACAGUGAAUCCUCCUGAUGAAUCUCCAACGCCAUUUUCGUUUAUGAACGAAAAAGUAUGGCUGGAACCAGAGAAGCAGUUGAAUUGUUACUUGACUUACACAAACGAGGCAGUCGGCAAAAUUAUCCAAGAUAAUUUGCAUUGUAAUUUACACGUGACGGAGGAAGUCACUGGGCCGAGAUAUUGUCCGAGUAUCGAAAGUAAAAUCCUGAGAUUUAAAAAAAGCAAACACCAAGUUUGGCUUGAACCGGAAGGACUCGAUUCGCCUUUAAUUUAUCCCCAAGGAUUGUCUUGUACAUUGCCGGAGGAUAAGCAGCGGGAGCUUAUUAGAUGCAUUCCUGGUUUGGAAAAUGCUGAAAUAGUAAGGCCAGGAUAUGGCGUAAACUACGACUUCAUAGAUCCUCGGGAACUGACCUCACAAUUAGAAACGAGAAAGGUAUCAAAUUUAUUCCUCGCUGGACAAAUUAACGGAACAACUGGAUACGAAGAAGCUGCAGCGCAAGGAAUAGUCGCAGGAACAAAUGCAGCUGCAAAAGUCUUGAUGAAACCCCCACUGGAAAUAAGUCGAAGCGAAGGUUACAUCGGAGUCUUGAUCGACGAUUUGACAACGCAAGGAGCGACCGAACCUUACAGAAUGUUCACAAGUAGAGCCGAAUUUCGAUUGACCUUACGACCUGAUAAUGCAGAUCAGAGGCUCACUGAAAAAGGAUUUCAGUCGGGCUGUGUCUCCAAAGAACGGUUUGAUAAAACUAAACGGAUGCAACAAAAUAUUAUUGAGUGCAUACAAUUGUUGAAGUCUAUUCACAAUCCGCGUAAGGAGUGGAGAAGGUUGUUUAGAAUCAAGAAAAUGACUACAACUUCACAGAAAAAUGCCUUUGAUUUGUUAGGUGUUUUGGAUUAUGGCGUGACGUUGGAUCAAUUUGUGGAAAAGAUGCCUGAGAUUUUCGGACGCUUCCAGGGAGAUUCUGUCCUCGCAAAGAGACUCAAGAUUGAAGCACUUUAUGCACGAGUUGCAGAGGAACAGAUGGCUGAUGUUAAAGAGCUGCGCAAAAAUGAGAAGAUGCAGAUACCGAAGGAUAUAGAUUACAGCUCAGAAUAUUUGCAUCUUUCCUCAGAAGAUAAAGAAAAACUUAUUGCUGCUCAACCUCAAACUAUUGCGGCAGCGAAUAAAAUUUCUGGCGUUACACCCUGUGCGAUAUGGAGGAUAGUGAAUUUCAUAAAACAGAACGAGAAUUUGUCUAGGGUUUCAUAGUUAGCUUAAUGACUGGAUUGUGACAAUGUAAAUAAAUAAGAGUCUCUUAUAUCCCUUUUAAUAAUGUAUAUACAUUUUUUAUAGAGUAAAGCAUAGAAACUAGAGCAGUUAAAAAAGAAAGAAGAGAUCAUUAUUUUCACGAUUUUUUACAUUAAUUUUUGAAAACGGUCCUGCGGCGGCGCUAGUAGUACCUUUGUUCUACAAAAUCAUGCAGUGCUAUAGAAAAAAUACAUCAAAAUUACAAUAUAAAUAUGAAAAACCUUUAAAAUAAUUUUUUCUUCAUAUUGCAGAGUCAGAUAGUAAACAAGACUUAUGUACUUACUUAUUAUUUUGUUUAAUAAAAGAAAAAGCGGCAUAAUUUACAUGAUUCAAACAACAA